AUGGAGUUCGAUUCCAGAAUUUCCAGGAAGCGCGAUAGUCGUACGAGAGCCCCCACCGCAUGUCAAACAUGUCGCAUGCGCAAGACUCGGUGUGACAAUACUCGACCCACCUGUAGCUAUUGUUCGCUACAGGGGGCGGAGUGUAUCUAUCCCGAAGCGUCACCCCACGCAGCACCAUUCAGUCUGGAAUCGGCCAACUCCGAGAUUCUUCAGCGCCUGGGCCACAUCACGACCUUGCUGGAGGAUAUUAAACAGGACAAUGACUCCACCAUCUCCUCCCAUCGAUCUCUGAAAGGCUCUUUUUAUGAAUUGACAAUGCCGCAUUCGAGCCCCCUCAUGACACCGGGCUCCUUGGCCGGAAACUACAGUCUUCGGAGAAGCGACGCUGCCGAGGAGCGGUCCUCCGAGCACGAUCCUCUGACUUUGUAUGCGGCCAAUUCUCCCGAAUACAUGCUCCGCUGGCCCAUUUUCAAUCGGGUGAUCACCGAUGCAGAGAAGCAUAUCCGGUCAUUUCUGCUCGAUUCGUUGGAUAACCAGGCUCAGUCGAACAUACCACCGCCCCGCCAGGCAGGUAUAGGUUCCCUUCUGGAUGACAUUCAGCUACUGGUCCGAAAAUAUCUUCAUUUGGUCCAUCGGCGAAAUCCCGUAGUUGACGCGGAGAAGCUUGAGCGAUAUGCCCGCGAGGUGACCGUGCAGGGCCUUGGAUGGGACGGUCCAUCAUGCCAGGUGUUGCUUGCAUGCGCUCUAGGCUGUUGCACAUCCGAUUACGUGCUACCUGAUACCCCUGAGGAUCUAGACCAGCUCCAGAAGCCGCCGCCGUGUGAUGCUAGUAUCGAAAUAGCCGAAGCCUAUUUCCACGCUGCCAAGCAGAGGCUUGGAUCUUUACAUACGUCUUCUACUGAUAUUCAGUGCUACUUGCUCGCAGGCUUCUAUCACAGGCAUGCUAUGCGCCCUUUAGAAGCAUGGUUUUGCUUCCAGCAAGCCUCCUGUCGACUAGAAGUGAGGUUAAGGUCAUUAUGCCGCGAACAGUGGACUGCAGAUGUCAAUUAUCAUAACCUCGAGUCACGCCUGUACUGGUCCUGUAUCCAAGCUGAACAUGAAAUGCAAUCUGAGCUCCCUCUCUGGAGCAGUGGUCUUGAAAGCCUUGGAUACGCUGAGCCGUUUCCAAAAUUCCCUAAAUCCAGCACAACCUCACCAGAUAAAAUGGAAGACGACGAUCUAUUAGCAAAAUCAUCGCCUGAAAUCAGCGGCACCGACGAAGAAAAAGGAUGGAGAUUCUACAUCGGCUCGAUCUGCAAUCGCCGAACAGUCAACGACAUGCUGGAGGAUAUGUGGCGCAGCGGUGAACAGGCCUGGGUCACCAACGUCGCCGGCAUUGUCGAAAAAACAAACCAAGCCGAAAAGGUUCUAUUUCACUGGUACCAAAUGUCAACGAGCGGACUCCCCGGUCCAACACAAAACAACCAAGAUCUAGAGUCUCUAAUGAUGGGACGCCUCUGCUUUUGCCUAGAGAAGAUCUACCGCCCAGUCCUCUACCUAGCACUGCACUACCCCUCCCUACCAAAAUAUCUACAUAACAACGAAAUCUUUCGCACAGUCUUCGACCAAGCCCAAAAAGCCCUGGACAACUGCGUCCGACUCAUCCCAAGGCUAUGGUACAACUGGCGUCAUGAAUGGAUUUGGAACUGCAUGCGCGUUACUUUUAGUGCCGCGAUCCAGAUCACGGCAGCAGUUCUGAGCCAGAUGCAGAGUGCUAGCAAUCCGGGCGGGUGGACGUUGUCUCCACCUUAUAAUUGGCCUGCCCUUGUGAGGCUGUCUAUCCGAACGUUGCGGCUUUGGGAGAGGGAGUCCAUUGAUCUGGAGAUUAUGCGCUCUACGCUUGAGAGGAUGUAUCAGGGGACUUGUCGGCUGGCUGGGGUGAGGCCUGAGAUGUAUCCGGUGUAG